AUGGCGGGCGGUGAUUCACCAGAGAGCUCUCUUGUCAGUCAAGCUAACAAGAGAAUCCAGGAGUAUCAUGCUGAAGGAGAGAGAAUCAACGAGGCUGUGAAGGUGGGCAGAGUCAUCUUUGAUACCUUCAACCAGAUCAGUGAGAGAAGUGGUGGACUUGAGAAGAGCAUCUGGGCUUCUGAAAACCACGUCUACUCUCUUUCUGAGCCUGUCCUCAACCAAGGCAAAAACAAAACACCAACAGCCAACAAGGAGAAGGAGAAGGGCAACGAGCAGACUCCGUUGAAGAACAAAACUACCACAAAACAGCAACCAAAGGCCGGUUCUAACAAGCCAAAGAUGGAGAAGAAGACUGACUCUGUUGCCGUCAAUUUUGACGAUACCGAGGCCUUCAUCGGAGCCCUUGAGAAGAUUCGUUUGGGCGGCAAGGUCCUGAAAACUGGUCAAGUCACCAAGUCUACCCCUGUUGAGGACAAGGGGAACCACAAUCCUGCUGAUACUCCAAAGCCCGCGGUCGAAGAUGUCAAAUGCCCACCAACCGAGGAGAAGACCAUCACUCCUGUUGAGGAAGAAGAUCGCGAGCAUAUGGUCACUUUUAAGACCUGGGGAACUCCGGCCGAGCGUCCCACGUCCACUGCUGCACCGCGUCGUAUCAUCCUGACUGGUAUCCCAGUUUCCCUCCGUGGCCAGUCUCGCAUCCUCUCCCUAGUCCACGGGGGGAGAGUCGAGUCGAUUGCUGUACAUCCGGCUAGCCAGGCUGCUGAAAUCCGCUUCUGUGACGCCGCUGACUGCAAGGCGUUCUAUGACAAGCACCCUAACGGGAUCGAUGUUGACCACAACGGCAGCCGUGGAACAGUGUUUGUAGAUAUCGGCAAGGACGUCGAUAUUGUCAGCUCCCGUUUGGUCGAAUGUUUGGAUAUCGGUGCAACUCGUGUUGUGCGUGCUAUUGGAGCUCCUCUGGACGUCAGCAUUGCUCAGCUUGUCGAGCUUAUUGACUCAAAGAAAUGGCAGCUCGAGAAGAUCAUUGACUCCUAUGAAGCGUCAGCCAAAAUUCGCACUGUCGUGUUUCGAUUCUGCUCCAUCGACUCUGCCGUACGCUUCCGCUCGUGCCUCAUCCGCAUGGACAACUGGGACCAGGCUAAUGUUCAGUUCGGUACUGACCCAUGCGAAGCUGCCACUGGUAUCCACUGGGACUAG